AAAAAUUUAAAGAAAUCAGUUUCUAAAUGAAAAAAAAAGUUGUGUUUAAGAACAGUUCCCGAUAAAUUGCAAUACUUUUCAAGAGAAAUAAAACAACAACUAUUAGAAAGAGAGCAAUAGCGUCUCGGUUAUCUCUACACAAGAUUGGAUGAAUAGUGAAAGAGACGGCAUGUUUUAAGCGGAUUCGUACGAAAGGAAAUUUUGUUGUUCUGUUAUAGUUUUGCAUUAUUUUUCUCAUCUAUUCGCUGUAAAAACACAAUUGUAGAGUUUUCUUUUGAACAAGAAGCGUUAAAAAAAGAAGCAGAAUUAUACAAAAUAAUAAGAAAAUUCAUAAAGCAAAACUCAACAUACACAAGGAUAAGGCAAACGAAAUUUAACGUCUUGAUAUUGCUGGCGCUUCUAUUAAUAUAUACAAAAGUGAGCAGUUAAAACAACAGCAGGCGUUAAAACAAAUUUGACCCGAUUACGAGUAUUUUGUCAUUAUUAUGAACACAAAGUCUGACGUCAACAGACGAGUUUUGGCUAUACAGGCUAAAAAGAAACGUCACAAGCCUAACAAGAAACGCGGCAAGCCAAAUGGUGUGUCUGGUGAUCAGCCAACCCAGAUACAGCCGGUAAAUUUAGCAUCUCCACCGUCACCACCACAAUUGCAGCCAGAUGAUGAAGUUAUUAAUAAUCAUUAUGUCGCGGAAGUAUAUAAUAAGAAAACGGACAACGGCGGUGGUAUCGGUGGCGAUGUUAUCGAAACCACUACUAUGCGCUAUGGUGGCGGAAGUGCUGGAGGCGGUGGUUUGCAAUCAUCACCUAGCUUGCAAUACGACUUAAUAGAGCAGCAACCCUAUUUGGGUACUCCAUCCAACGACUCCGAAGACGAAGACGAGUCCGAAUUGAAUAGUGAGAAUGAAGAACAAGAACUGAAAAAGGAUUACCGUAAAGGUGGUUAUCAUCCUGUAAAUAUUGGAGAUCUCUUUCAAGGUCGCUAUCACGUGGCGCGUAAAUUGGGUUGGGGUCAUUUUUCCACCGUCUGGCUUUGCUGGGAUUUACAAGAGAAGCGUUAUGUCGCGAUUAAGAUUGUAAAAUCGGCUCCGCAUUUUGCUGAAACGGCAAAGGAUGAAAUUAAAAUACUCAAGUCUGUGCGUGACUCUGAACCCGAAAAUCCCCGACGUCAAAAAACCGUCCAACUAUUGGAUGAUUUCAAGAUUAACGGUGUAAAUGGUACCCAUAUAUGCAUGGUGUUCGAGGUACUCGGCGAUAAUCUUCUUAAGCUAAUACGUAAGUCGAAUUAUCGCGGUAUACCAAUCGAGAAUGUGAAAUCAAUUACACGCCAGGUGCUAGAGGGUCUCGAUUAUUUGCAUACUUGUUGCAAAAUCAUUCACACGGAUAUUAAACCUGAGAAUGUCUUGCUAUGCGUGGAUGAAGAAUACGUUCGAAUAUUGGCUACUCAGGCUACUGUUUCGUAUGUACUGAAUUACAAAAUGGUUCCUUCGCUGGUAAGUCGCGCUCCCAAAGUAUAUCGGGAACCGCAGAUCACGGACAAGAUGAGCAAAAAUAAAAAGCGCAAGUUAAAGAAGAAGGCAAAAAAACGUUUAGAAUUAUUUAAAAAGCAAUGGGGUUACUUGGAUCAAAAGGAGGUGUCGACGCCAAUAGGCGAAAGGGGCGAUGCCAGCAAUGACUUGUCAGAGGGCGAAGAUGAUACCGAGGUGCAGGCUUCUUCAAACGGUGCUAAUGUAAACAAUGUUAACAAUAUUUUACCCAAUGGCGAAGUCUACGAUGAUAUUGAUCACGAUCAUGAUCAUGAAACCACUGCCGCUGAUGAAUCUGCAGCCUUAGAAAAGGAAGACGAUGACGACGACGAUGACAUAGUAGGUGAUGCAAAAGUUAAAUCUCAAUUAUCAAAGCAGUUAUAUAAACAGAAAUCAUCCCGACAAAGUGGCGUCACGUUGCCUGAAGAAAUGGUCGCAUCUGGCACUAAUGUCGAGAAUAAGAAAAAGAAACGAAAGCGUAAUAAAAAGAAAAACAAUCAAAGCAAACAACAAAAUUCCGUACAACAACAAAAACUACCGAUCACAACUGAAAAUUCGACCACAUCUUCCACUAGUGGCAAUACUUUAAACAGCUCGUACGCUACACUUAAGGUGCAGUCAUCAGCCGCCGGUGAUUGCGUCAAACGUCAAAAGCUGCCAACAGUAAAUGCCAGUAAAAUAUCCAAAAGUAAUAAUAAUAGCGCUGGUAGUAAGGUGAAGUUAGUCCAAAGCAAUCAACUGAUGCAACCACAAACACAACCGAAUGAACGUUUCGUACCACCGCCCCUUGGCAAUUUGAAAACCGAUAAAGAUCCUGCCCUAGAUCCGUGCGAAUUUGAAGUAAAAAUCGCCGAUUUGGGUAAUGCGUGCUGGGUGGAUAAGCAUUUCACUGAAGACAUACAGACGCGCCAAUAUCGUUCGUUAGAAGUAAUUUUAGGUAGUGGCUAUGAUACUUCAGCUGAUAUCUGGAGUACGGCAUGCAUGGCCUUUGAAUUGGCCACUGGUGACUAUCUGUUUGAGCCUCACGAAGGCGAUAAUUAUUCGCGUGACGAGGAUCACAUUGCACACAUAAUAGAACUUCUAGGUCCUAUACCGCCGCAUAUUAUCUUUCGCGGAGCCCACGCAUCACAUAUAUUCAAUCGCAAAGGUGAAUUACGCAAUAUAACUGGUCUUAAACCAUGGGGUUUGGUCGACGUUUUAGCCGAAAAGUACGAAUGGGCACGCGAAGAGGCGGAAUCAUUUGCUGAUUUUUUAACGCCCAUGUUAGAAUUCGAUCCCUCACAACGGGCUACGGCGGGCGAAUGUCUCCGACAUGCUUGGUUAAGAUAAAAUAUAUUGUAUUAUAAUCCCUCUAUUACUACCAUCACCACCUCAUCACCAACAACACCAUCCCAUGAGAAUAUGUUAGAAAUCCCAUUAACCCCGGCCCCUCUACAAAAUGAUAACGAAUGUGGCGAGUUAAAUACGCUUGAAAAUUUGACUCCAAAGUUUUCGGUACCUUCAACUGCCACUACUACACCAACUCCACCAAUGAGUUCGCAGUCCUUAUGUGCUGGUCGAAAUAAUUCAAACACGUUGACAUCUAAAUUAUGGCGUUUAACAACAUCAAAAUCUUUAUCACCAGCACCGGUAACCACGUACAGUGUUGCACACACGUUAUGCUGGCAUAAAACAUUAAGGCGUCUAUUUAAACGCAAAUAAAACUAGCUGUCAUGUGAGAUUGGGAGCUACAUAAAUGAGAGGAAUACAAGAGAAGAAACUUUUGGUUUUUAUAGUAGCGGAAAUUUAAAAAAUAUUGUCUUUUUCCCCUCUUUUAUUUCAAGCUCUCCUUGACGUAAACGUAAACGAUCAGAAAUCUACAAAAAAGGCAAAAAAAACUAAUAUUUUCUCUCUGUUUUCUUGUCUCCCAAAACGAAACAUUUAUCGCCGCAAAUCGAGAUUAAGAAUCUUAACACUUAAUUAACUUCAAUACUAUUUAAAUUGAAAAUAUCUAAAGAUAUAUACUUUGUUUUCCCUUCCUCCUUUUACUUUUCUAUUAAUAUAAACAUUAUGAACGAACAAAUUUUUGGAUAAUUUUAAACGAAUGAUAAAACUAAUUACGCAGCAAAUUAUGGUUAAGACGAUAAAUAAAAUGGCUUUACGCAUCUAUAGAAAAUAAAAACAAAAAAAAA